AUGUCUUGCCUGGAUUCUUCCCCGGAACAUUUCAUAAACACUUUCAUUACCACGGACAAAUCAGGUUUCGAACGAUGGUACAGAGACUCAUCGGCUGCUAAACAAAAGAGAUCACACUGCAAGUCGCGGACCGGUUGUCUUACCUGUAGACAACGAAAAGUCAAGUGCGAUGAGAAUUUGCCAACUUGUCAUCGCUGCAUGAAAAGAGGAGAUGUAUGUCGUCGACGUCCAGCACGACAGCAGCAACAACCCUUUAGAUUUCACGACAGAGACAGUCAAAGAAGAUCACAUUCGUCACCUUGUCUAUCGACCUCGUCAAUAUCAACGCCUAUAUUAUCCGGAGAUGGAGCUCUGAACAUGGAACAGUUGAGACUGUUUCAUCACUUUCAAUCAUCAACUCAGCAUACCCUUCCGGUCAUAGGCCAGAUUUGGGAAAGUGUCCUUCCCAAGGCAUUCGAAUACGAGUAUCUGAUGCAAGCAGCGUUGUGCUUGGCAGCCCGGCAUCUUGAGUACUCCUGCGGACAUGAAGACGAAGUAGGGCAAAUAACCCUGUCCCGGAAAUAUCUUUCUCACACACUACGGCUAUUCCGAAAGGCUCUAUCCUCCGGCAUUACUGAUUCCAACCGGGAUGCUGUUUUAUGUACCUCCUUCAUGCUUUACUUUGAGGCUUGGUCAGAUACUGCCUUUCUACUUUCCGAUAACAAUACCGAUAUCUCUACCUCGGCAUAUAGUGUAUCUGAGGAUCAACUCUUCACAUUGGCCAAGAGUAUGAGACAUGUAUGCAUGUACGCAAUGUCAGAUCUGGCGCAUAACUCAAGCGUUCUGAGGAAUGUCAUGCUACAUCGGCCAAUAUGGUCUAUCUACCAAUCACUUUCUUUUGUUGGACGAGUUUGUGAUGAAUAUCAUGCGUUCUUCGAACAGUUAUGGCGACUUGAUGGCGACCCGGUCAUUUUCAGCAAAUUCUGCGACAUCCCACCACCGCAAAUUUUCAGACAUGGAGACGGUUUUCCGGGUGCCGACAUCAUAAAAUGGACUGAGCAUCUGUCCACGGACAGGCAUGAUGCUUAUAUUCAUGUGGCUAAUCGUCUCUCAGCGCUUCUCUCCUUACUGCCAAUCGACGCACAAGAAAUACCAGAACGUUCCGUGUUGGAGAUUUGUCCUGAUCUACUUCCCGAUGUCUCGAGAGUAGUAUUUACAUUCCCCAUAAUGUUCCAUCCAGAGUUCACGGAUAUGCUAUUUGAAAAUGAUACAAGGAUUUUGGUUCUCUUAUAUCAUUUCUUCCGGAUGGUUAAUCGGUUGCUGCCGAAGGAUGAGUGCUGGUGGGCUGCCAGACGGGCGGAGUCUUUUGAAGUUUUUUUAAGACGAAAACUAUGGGGAUAA